AUGUCUCCCGAUCCCAAUGACCGCUUCGACCGCGAAGACGCCCCGUUCCUCUCCGCCGACAGCCCCGACCACAGCCAUGCAAAGCGACGUCCUGGGAAUCACGAAGUCCACGAUGCCUCCGUACAGAAGAUCCGGUUUCGCCUGAUGGUGACCUUGUUCGCCAUUGUGCUGGCGGUUGAGAUGGGCUUCAUCAUGUUCAGCGGUCCCCUGAUUCGCAUCUACGAGUCCGUCACUUGCCGGAAACAUUAUCGCGAAUACGACCCCAGCCAGAUCGGGGCAGAUGGGAAUGUGGACGAGAAGCUGUGCAAGAUCAAUGAGGUGCAGACCGAGUUGGCGGCCAUACAGGGAUAUAUGGAGUUCUUCGAUGGUCUAAUUUGUGCUUUAAUGGCCAUCCCGUACGGUCUGCUGGCAGAUCGAAAGGGCCGGAAGCCUGUCAUCUGUCUCUGUAUCCCCGCUUAUGCAAUCAACAUCUCCAUCGUCCUCCUUGUUUUGUGGUUUUCGGAUACUCUUCCUUUGCGAACUGUGUGGUUGGGCUCUUUGGCUUGGUUUUUUAGUGGCGGCCAUGUGGUGACCUUUGCUGUCGUUUGGACUAUGAUGGCCGAUGUCACCACGGAAGAUGAGAGAGCUACGAUAUUUUUCAGAUUCGGCGUGGCCAGCAUGGCGGCGGACUUUAUCUCCAGUGCAAUCAGUUCCUGGUUGAUGGCGAUGAAUCCUUGGAUUCCCCUGUUAAUCGGGAUGAGCAUGGCCGCUGUGGGCUUUUUGACUACUUUGACUCUGCCGGAGACAAAGCAUGCUUUCAAACCUCGUGCGCCAGAACCAGAAUCACCUAUCGAACUCUCCCGCAUGAGCUCCGAUGAAGACGGGGAGCUUCACCGUCGCAAGAGCCAUGACUACGAGGACGAUUACAAUGCCACGGUUGACGAAGUGCCAGAAACCAAACCCACCACCAAACAGCCACCCCCUCCUACACUCCGGGCCCGUCUCCGCAUGUAUCUGUCUCCUUACGUAUUCAUCUUUCGCAACCGGCAGAUUCUUCUUCUACUCGUGGCAUUCUUGGUCUACCGUCUUAGUCGUGGUUCUUCCUGGUUCUUGGUUCAGUACAUCUCUCUCCGAUACAAGUGGACAUUGGCCAGAGCCAACUUUCUCGUCUCCUUCAAACCUGCCUUGUCCAUUCCGCUCUUUCUCUUUGGCAUUCCAGCCCUUAAGAAGCACUUUUUCCGGUCUCUGACUGCCAAGGAGAAAGACCUUCGACUUGCUCGCUUGAGCAUCGUUUGCCUUGCAAUAGGCACACUGGGAAUUGGGAUCUCCCCGAACAUCGAAAUGCUGAUCCCCAGUCUGAUGACACAAACAACGGGUUCUGGGUUCACCUUCCUAACCCGAUCAUUAAUCACCACCUUGGUGAAGAGAGAGGAAACGGCCAGAUUAUUCACAGUAAUCGAGAUCCUGCAGUCAGUCGGUAACGUCAUUGCCAGCUUGUCCAUCACCACUGUAUUCCAGCUGGGUCUCAAGAUUGGAGGCUUUUGGACAGGAUUGGCUUGGAUGAUGACGAGCACGGCCUUUUGUGGAGUUGGGCUCUCGAUAUGGUCGUUUAGGAUUCCUCCAACGGUGAUAGUGGAGGACUACGAUGCUGCUCGGGUACAUACUUCAUAG